CGUGGCUCGUAUGGGUGGGGCUGGUUUUAAUUAUGAGCAGCUCUUUUAAAUUUGGUCAAUUUCUGAUCAAGUCAAGGCUCGUCUUCUACCAGACUCCACUCAGUUUUGCCUUCACUAACAUAAGACCAGUUGUUCCAGGCCAUGUGCUAGUGUCUAGUGUUCGUGUAGUGUCACGUUUUCAGGAUCUAACAAAAGAGGAAGUGUCUGAUCUUUUUCAAUGCGUUCAUCUCAUUGCACCAAAGAUAGAGCAACACUUCAAUGCCACAAGUUUAACUAUUGCAAUACAGGAUGGACCAGAGGCUGGCCAGACUGUUCCACAUGUACAUGUACACAUACUCCCAAGAAGAACUGGUGACUUCAAACAGAAUGAUGAAGUAUAUGAAGCAUUAGAGAGAAUAGAUGCUGAAAAAAGGACAAAUAGAACAGAAGAAGAAAUGGCUGAAGAAGCAGACAUACUUAGGAAACUAUUAAACUUAUGAAUAGAUGAAGUACUAAACACUGUACGUAAUCAUGAUUGACUAAAUUAUAAUGCAUAAUCUUAUUAUUGUGAAUUUAAAUAAAAACGCAGCUAUUUAAUUUCAGUAGAUGUUGCAACUUA